AUUUGUAUUGAAUUGUGUAGCUGUUUGUUUGGCGCGGCUAAAUGGACCUAUUGUAUGCAAACAGUGUGUGUAGAAGCAUAUGACCUCUUAGUUCAGGGCCGCGCGGUGCAAUGUGUGUGUGUGAUACCAUUAGCAAUGCAAAGCGCCACUGCUCACUGGUGCAGAUUUGUUCAAAAAGACGACAUACACAAUUUUUUCCUGAUGUUAUGAGGACCAUCUGAAGACCCGGAGCCAAAAAUGAGCUGGGCCUCCUUUUACGCCGUGAUUAGUGGCAUCAACAGACACUCCACGGGAAUCGGUCGCAUUUGGCUCUCUGUGCUGUUCAUUUUCCGCAUCACGGUGCUGGUGGUGGCCGCCGAGAGCGUGUGGGGCGACGAGAAAUCCGGUUUUACCUGCAACACCCAGCAGCCGGGCUGCAACAGCGUGUGUUACGACCACUUCUUCCCUAUUUCUCACAUCCGCCUGUGGGCCCUGCAGCUGAUUCUGGUGUCCACUCCGGCCUUGCUGGUCGCCAUGCACGUGGCCCACCGGCGGCACGUGGACAAGAGGCUCUACAAGCUAUCGGGGAAGAGCAACCCCAAAGAACUGGAGCAGAUCAAAAGCCAAAAAAUUAAAAUCUCCGGCGCCCUCUGGUGGACUUACGUCAUCAGCUUGGUAUUCCGGGUCACGUUCGAGGUGGUCUUUAUGUACGUCUUCUACAUGAUCUACCCCGGGUACAAGAUGAUCCGUUUGGUCAAGUGCGACUCGUACCCGUGCCCCAACACGGUGGACUGCUUCGUGUCCAGGCCGACGGAGAAAACAGUCUUCACCGUCUUCAUGCUGGCCGUGUCGGGCGUUUGCAUUCUGCUCAACCUUGCCGAAGUCUUCUACUUGGUGGGGAAGGCCUGCUUCAAGCGCCUGCACAAAGGGCCUUGGUUCCAACAGAAGCUGGUAGUAGGAAAAUAGCUCAGAGACGCUUAGCACUACUAGCGGCCUUAAAGCUAACACAGGGGUUCAAAUUCCAAUCCGGCCCUCUGAAAGGGUCGUUCAGCCUGAAAGACACAUUGUAGCUCAUUCAUAAUGUACUGUACAUACAAAAUAAAUUGGCUCACUCUCAUGUCCGCAGUUACAUCCGUUCAGUCAAAAUGGACGUCUAGCACUGUCAACAGCAGCCAAAGAGUUAACAAGGAAGUGAUCCAAAAAAUGCCCCCAAAUCAACAGGAAGCAGCCUGGAAUUCAACAGGAAAUGAUCCCAAAUUAACAGUAAGUGACACAUACAGUGGUAUGAAAAAGUAUCUGAACCUUUUGGAAUUUCUGCAUAAAAUCACCAUCAAAUGUGAUCUGAUCUUUGUCAAAGUCACACAGAUGAAAAAACAGUGUCUGCUUUAACUAAAACCACCCAAACAUUUAUAGGUUUUCAUAUUUUAUUGAGAAUAAUAUCCAAACAGUGACAGACGGGGGAAAGAAGUAAGUGAACCAUCACAUUUAAUAUUUUGUGCCCCCCGUUUGGCAGCAAUAACUUCAACCAGACACUUCCUGUAGCUCCAUAUCAGUCUGGCUCAUCGAUCAGGACUAAUCUUGGCCCAUUCUUCUCUAUAAAACUGCUUCAGUUCAGUCUGAUUCCUGGGAUGAAUCGCUGUCUUUUGGUCAUGCCCCAGUCUGGACUUUGAUUAGGCCACUCCAGAAUGUGUAUUUUGUUCUUCUGAAAACUUUCUGAAGUUGAUUUAAUUCUGUGCUUUGGAUCAUUGCCUUGUUGCGGCAUCCAUCCUCUUUUUAGCUUCAACUGUCUGACAGACGGCCUCAGGUUUUCCUGCAAAACACCCAGAUGAACUUUUGAAUUCACUCUUUCAUUAAUGAUUGCAAGUUGUCCAGGCCCCGAAGCAGCAAAACAGCCCCAAAUCAUAAUGCUCCCUCCACCAUCCUUCACGGUGGGGAUGAGGUGUUGAUGUUGAUGAGCUGUUCCAUUUUUCCUCCACACAUGACAUUGUGUGUUACUCCCAAACAAUUCAAAUUUGGUUGCGUCAGUUUACAAAAUAUUUUGCCAAAACUUCUGUGGAAUGUCCAAAUGUCUUUUUUUGCAAACAUUAAACGAGCAACAUUUUAUUUUAGACAGCAGUGGCUUCCUCCGUGGAGUCCUCCCAUGAACACAGUUCUUGGCCGUAGUUUGACAUAUAGUUGAUGUGUGCACAGAGAAAUUGGACUGUGCUAGUGAUUUCUGUAAGCCUUUAGCAGACUCUCUUGGGUUCUUUUUUACCUCUCUGAGUAUUCUGUGCUGAACUCUUGGUGUCAUUUUUGGUGGACAGCCACUCCUUGGGAGAGCAUCAACAGUGCCAAACUCUAUUUGUAGACAACUUCUCUGACUGUCGAUUGAUGAACAUACAGACUUUUAGUGAUCCUUCAUUUCCCAGCUUUAUACAAAUCAAUAGUGCUGCAACGAUUAAUCGAUUAACUCGAGUAUUCGAUUAGAAAAAAAGACUCAAAUUAAAUUUUGCUGCUCCGAGUAUUCGUUUAAUUUAAGUGGCGUUGUAAUGGUUUAUUUUGAAAGUGUUUGCAUUUAGUUUUAUUGAUUUGGGUGGAAUCUCUGCCUUCUAGUCUGCCUCAUUUCACAUGGCUGAAUCCGGGUGCUCCAUGUUAAGACCUACAUAAGCUACAAUUUUGUUUGAGCUAAUGUUUUUUAUUACCGUGUUCGUAAUUUAAAGUUAUUUUUAGCUUAUUUUUGUGGGAAUAUGUGUCUGAACCAUUUGUUAAGAGCAUUGUAAAAAAAAAAAAUUGCAUUUUAUAGCAUUCAAACUAGCGAACUUUUGCUAUGUAAGUUUUUGUUGUACGUAGAGCCUCAUUUAUUUAUUUUUUUUAUACCAUUUGAGGCUCAGCUCAGGUAAUUUAUUAUUUCAUGUUUCUUAUCCAAUUACUCGAUUAUUCGAACUAAUGGUUCAUCGA